AUGACAAGAGAUGAUAAGACUACACUUACUGCUAAAGAACGCAUGCUAAGUGCCUCAAUUGGAUCAUUAUUAACCUCAUUGACUUUGACACCCAUGGAUGUGGUCAGGAUACGGCUUCAGCAACAAGAAAUGUUGCCCGAUUGUUUAUGUGAAACUCCGGUACCAGACACUAUCAAACCUUUUGCAACUGGGAAGGCGCCUACAAAUUUAACAAAAGUUGCUACUUCGAAACUUACGUUUGAAAGUCGUCUCUCUAUGACUAAAGAAAAGGCAUUUUGGGAAGGCCCAUGCUUCCAAGAUCUCGCAUGUAAGAGGAACACUCUUCAAUUCAACAGUACAUUGGAGGCAUUUAAAAAAAUAUCAAGAGUUGAAGGCACGUCAACCUUAUGGAGAGGAAUAUCACUGAAUUUACUCAUGGCAAUACCAUCUAAUGUUGUUUAUUUCACUGGAUAUGAGUAUUUAAGAGAUAUGUCACCCCUUGCCACGAACUAUUCAAACCUUAAUCCACUUAUAUGUGGUGCAUUUGCAAGAACUUUGGCAGCAACUAGUGUUGCGCCGCUAGAGCUACUAAAAACGCGGUUUCAAAGUAUUCCAAGAUCUUCAAAAUCUAGAAAUGCAUGGUUACUCUUUAAAGAACUGAUGAGGGAUACUGCUGUUGAAAUGAAGGCACAGGGACCAUAUAAAGCCCUUUUCAAGGGAUUGGAAAUUACAUUAUGGAGAGACGUUCCGUUCAGUGCGGUUUAUUGGGGUUCUUAUGAAUUUUGUAAGAAAACUCUAUGGUCAAAAACUCAAAAAGCAAAAAAGAAUUCAAUUCAUUUUGCAAAUAGUUUCUUAACGGGUUGUAUUAGUGGUACAAUUGCAGCCUUUAUAACUCAUCCAUUUGAUGUUGGAAAAACAAGAUGGCAAAUUUCAUUACUUUCAAAUACCGGAUCUCGAAACCGCCCACAAAAAUCAAGAAAUAUGUUCAAGUUUUUAAACAUGAUAAGACAGAAUGAAGGUAUUGCUGCUCUGUAUACGGGGCUCCUGCCCAGGGUGAUCAAAAUUGCACCUAGUUGUGCUAUAAUGAUAUCAAGUUACGAACUCUGUAAAAGAUUAUUUGUUGAAUUCUAG